AUGUACUCCGCGCUCGCUCGCGGGGGCCUGGGGCUGGUCAAAGCUGCACGGCCCUUCAAAACCGGCGUCCUGCGUUCGCUGGUCCGCGUUGACACGCUGAAGGUCGCCCUUUCUGACCCGCAGUUACCUUCCAGCGAUGCCUUCGCACGAAUAGUACAGAUUGCAAAUAGUCGCGACGGGGCAGGGGCAAAGUACACUUUGGAAGAUUUUAAUGCGAUAGAACACAGCUUGUCCUGCCUAGACUGCGACUCGAACAGCGCCGACGGGCUGUCGGUGGACUGCAUAUUUGGCACCAUCUGCAUGCUGGACUCCUACAGACGCGCCAGGCCAGCGACAGUCCCCGCGCAGCUGGCAAAACUCUAUGCGCAACUGAUACGAGGACUGGGCCGGGAGAUUGAUCGGGAAUUGGGCCAGCCGGCGCCGCGCGCAGACGGUUUCGCUCUUGUUGCCCGCGCCAUACAAUCCGUAACUCCGGCCUGCCGUAGCGAUCUGGCCCGAAUUCUAAACAAGCUAUUUCGCAGGCACGCCGUGCAACUGCUUCGAGAGGGGAGGUUUGACAGGUACAUCAACUUGAUUUCCGCCUGUAUGGACGUUAAAACUGUACAGGCUCUCUUCCACCUGGAAGCACGUCACAAUUUCAGGUUUAGAGAUUUCGGGGAGGGGGGGGUCCUCGGCAAAUGCAGUCGAGUUCUUAGGGAAACAAAGGCAGCGGAACCCGCCGACGCUGAUCUCCUCCCUAGAUCAAAGGCCCUUGUCUCCUCGCCCAUCUACCCGGAAGAAAUUGCAAAUGCCAAGCAAGUGCUGUCGGCGGCCAAAAAACUACUCUCGGCUAAAAGAGACGCGGAAUCGGUUGCUCACCUGCUAAGGGUUGAAACCCUGCUGCAGCUGCUAGGGUUCGACGCGCCCACCCACGAUGACGUUGCCAGUAUCGCCGAAAGAUACUUUUUAGUUACCAGUCUGCACAACUUCCGCUACUGCGACCUGGCCUCGUUGCUAAAGCUCUUAACUGUCACAAAAAGUGGCUUGGACAUCCGUAAAUACGUUGAAAAUUUGCCAAAAAAAGACCCUACUGCCGAAGACACACACCUCCUGGCGCAAUUUAAAUGCACCAGGUUCGGGCCCCUCCUGGAAGAAAUCGUCACGUCUAAACUUAAGCCGCGUUCCCCGCCGAGCAAGGAAGUGGGAAAUGGCGGAGCUGGUGGGAUCGUCGGGUACGUUAACGGCAUUAAGGUUGAAGAUUUGGGCGAGGACGGCGUGCGCUCAAAAGUCAACCGACUCAUAGGGCGCCUUGGAGACUUGUUAUUUGAACGUAGGUGGGCCGCCAAUCACAUCUCCGGGGCCCAGGCGGGAGAUUUAAAGGGAGAUGCAGACGACGAAGCCCAUGCAGCCCUCAGGCUUGCGGAAUUGGUGGUAAAUUUCGAGUCAGUGAGGCCAAUGCCGGAAAGCGACGGCAUACCCAUGACGCUGGUGAGGAAAAUCGCGCAAAAGUACCAGCCCCAAGCCACAGCCGCACGGGCUCCAGCCCGCGCGUCGGGUUAG